AUGGAGGGAUACGCUUUGCCACGACGUGCGCUCGGCGCAAUGCCCAAUACAUCCGAAGAUAUUGUCUUUCUUGCAGCAGCUAUUGUCGCAUUCUUCUCUGGAGCUCUGAUCGUCGACUGGCUUCGAUGGAUUCGUGAUGUAAGCAAGCAGAAACAGUGGCACGAUAUGCAAAUGAAGGCAUUGCAGGAAGGGUUCGGUUCUUCCCAUCAUUUUCCCAGGUCUUUUGCUGCUAUUCAGGCUAGCCUCAAUGUGCUUCACGGGAAAGCAGAUGACGCCAGUGACCGCGUCGACGACAAGAGCAGCCGCAUUGAUGAGAUCCGCCAGGCCCUUGAUCACAUUCACAAACAUCAACAUCAGGACUUCGAUUUCAAGACGCCUUCGCUAGUACAGUCACCGGAUACUGCCCAGUUGCAGGAUCUCAGAGAGCUACUUGUGGCAGUUCGAAAUAUCCAGGACACUCUUACUUCUGCCGACCACAAUAUUUCCGCCGCUCCUUGUCCAUUUAGCACUGUCGUCCCAACCGAUGAGAUCAAUCUAAGUUACUCGGGAGUCCGCACUCUUGCCAUCCAUUCAAAGCUGCCACUAGCGUUAGAUACGUCUUCCGCCCAAACCCAGACUGAAGCACCUGGUCUAAGCCAUUCCAGCGUGAAUUUAUUUGCUGUGGAGCCGGGAGUAUCUACCGUGGAAGCAUUUGCAUCUAGUGCCAUCCAAACCAAGGAGACCGAACCACUUCAUUCCAAGCUUGACCAAUAUGUCAACCGUCUCCAGGCUGAGUUAUCAGAUCGUCAAAGACAGUGCGAUGAGCUCAAUAGAGAGAAGGUGACCUUGGAGUCACAGUUGGAGGUUGCAGAGGGGAUAACCGACAGGAUUGGGAAGAACGCGAAGGAAGCAGCAAGGCAAUACUGGACGCAGCGCCUAGAUGACGAAACUAGAUUAAAUGAAACACAGAAAGAGAAUCUACAGCAGGCACAUGGCGAGAUUAAUAGUCUUUCGAAACAAAGAGACGAGCUAGCGCACACCAAUGCUGAGUUAAGAGAAGAGAUAGAGCGGGCGAGAAAGUCCGCUGAGGACUCCAAGGACGAUUAUGAAACGCUCGUCAACAAAAACGAGCGACAUGAACACACUCUGCGGAAGGAUGAGGAGGAGCUCGAGGAACUGCGUCGAGUGUUAGGCGAUCAGGAUUUUGCCCGGAAACAGCUGGAAAAAGAGAUCGAAAGUCAAAUGUCAGAGAUUAUAGACUUGAAGGCUGGGUUAUCGUUGGCUGAUGAUGAGCGGGUCAAAACCGAAGAAAAGAUCAAGGAUCUCAUCAAGCUUCACGAGAGCGCGCAGCUUUCAGAGAGGGAAAAGGGCGCAAUGAUCGAUGAGCUCAACGAAAGGCUCACAGCUGAGGUUACUCAGAUAACCAGGAUAUCUACGGAGCGCGAUAUUCUAGCGAAAGAGAAUGAAAGCAUGAAUGAUCAAAUGCAAACUCUUGAAAAAGGAAAGACGGGAGACAAACAGGAGAUAGAUCGUCUCACGAACGAGAUAGAUGCAGUUGACAAGCAGAAACAGGGUUUGCAACAAGCGCUGGAAGAUUGCAACCAGAAAAUAGAGCGUCAACAGGAGGCUCUAGAUUGCAAUAAAAAGGCACGUGAAGGCUCUUCCGAUGAAACAGACACUGUCAGACAAACUAUCCCACCUCCAAAAUCGGUCACAUUGGAGACAACAUCUGAUGAGGAACCUACUCAAGAACCCGAAACCGAAGAUACCGCGCCCGUGACCAUGCCUAUGGAUACUCCUGGAGAGGAGGUUCCAGAACAGCACUCGGAUGCCAACGAUGGGGAAGAGGAUGGGACAGAAGACAUGACCUCUACCGCAAAGGUUCCUGUAGCUUCGAGUACUGGGGACGGUGAUCAACUAGUUGAAAAGCGGAGUUGGGCAGAUGACGACGCAGACGAAGAUUUUCUCGUCGGAGAGGUGGAAAAGUUCACGGCCAAAACUGCGCUUUUGACUCUAAGCCCAGCAACGCCGAACACGGUGUCAAUUUCUACUAUCCCAGCUCGCCUGGACCCUCGCAGUGACUUUGCUCUUGAUAUAGGACAUACUCACUACCAAACCACUCAAAAGAAAGGCCAUGUUAAUGCAAUGUGUACACUUUGCGACAAACGCGUUGUAUUGCCGUUUUGGAAGUCUGGAGAUGAGCGGAUGAAUCUUGAUUGGGAUGACCAUAAGUCGAGAGACUGCAUCACUGAUGCUUAUCAAGCGAGUGUCAACACUGGAAACUACACUGGAAACAAUCGAGGUGGUUAUUGUGGCAGGAGUCGGGGCCCAAAAAUAAGAAAGGGUCGUAGAAGAGGUAAAUACUAG